AUGGGAUAUCGAGUGUCUCCCGUGGCUCGUGGGCCUGACUGGCCUGAGUCGCCGGUGGGGGAGUCUCUAAAUACAAAAUUUGCGGACGGCGCAAAGAAGAAAAAGUCGCGCAAAUCCAAGAACAAGGAUCGCUCGUCCCCGCCAGAAACUUCUAGUCAUGUCGAAUCUGCACCUUCUCGAGGCGAAGAUCAGUCACGGCCCUCGAAGCGAAAGCACGAGUCGGAUCCCGAGCGCAAAAAGAAAAGGAAGAAGCACCAUGACGCCAAAAGCGACAACAAUAAUGUAUCGAUGAAUGUCGCGAAGCUUGAGCCAGAACAGACAAUUGGCCUACAACCUGAAAAAUCGCCGGAGGAGCCCCGCACGGUACACAAUGGAGUUGAGAAAGCGACACCCUCCAAAUCUGCCGAAAAUGCCACUACCCUCGCGCCCGACUCGGUCCAUGACAUCGACAACCUUUCGACUGUUGAGCUCAACAACCGGGGCAAGCCGAAAAAACUCAGAGGAUCGCGACCCGGCGGGAAAGAUAACUUAAAAGUUGGAUUCUUCACACCUGACGAAGUCGAGAAAAUAGAAAACUUCAAAAUCUCUUGGUGCAACAUGCAUGGCAUUGGCAAUACAACCUUCAAUGAAAUGAUUCAGCAUUCUGAGCGAGAAGGUGCUGAGUGGCCGGGUCCACCGGAUGCCCCUUCCAAGCAUGAGUUAUGGACCGACAUCUAUGGAGUCCUUCCUGAUCGUGACCGCCGAUCCCUGUAUCGUUUCGCGCGGAGACAUUUCCUGAUUCCUGGCCAGAAAGCGCACGAAUGGACGAAAGAGCAGGACGAGGAGCUUGUUGAAUUGAUGAAAUUAUAUCCCGCAAAGUAUGCACUCAUUAGCAAAAUGCUUGGCCGCAGCGACGAUGAUGUUACGCAACGGUGGAAAAAUCGUCUUCAACACCGUGAAAAGAUGAACCGUGGCAAUUGGAAUCUCGAUGAAACACUUGGCUUCAUGAAAUCCUUGCAAGACUUCUUUGAAGCUCAUAAAGAAAUCAACCCAGCAGCUGCUGAUAAAGACAUCUAUGAAAUGGACCAAAAAGUGAUUCCAUGGGGCUCAGUCAGCGAUUCCAUCGGCAACAGUCGCUCGCGUCAACAAUGUGCUGACAAGUGGCGCAAGAUCUGCGUAAAGGUAAAGGCUGAGCGUGCCAAAGGCAAUAAAGACUAUGUUUUCGACCCUCGAGCAGCCGUGGAGAAGACCUCUCGAUGGAAGGAAAGGUCGUGCGAUUUUAGGAGCGAGGAGCGCGUGAGUGAGAAUGACGAGGACAACAACGACGAAGGCCCAGUCGCAAGCAGCACCCCGGCAUCAAAGCUCAAAUACGGAUUCGUGGACCACCAGACCAUGAUGGGGGUGAUACCGAAGACCGAAACUGACACUGCGAUCAUGACGACUUCCUCGCCACUGCCUGGUGACUAUAUGAAAGAGGAUGAACUUGAAGUCGCCUACCCAUCCGAGCCUACUACUCCAGCUACACCCGCCGCCAUCAAUGGAUUCUCCACGUCCCCAGAAACCUCGAGUCCGGUCAUUACAGGUAGUACCCAAAAGCGCGACCUAAGCUACAUGGCUCGUAUCAAGGAAAAGACCAAGCUUGCCAACAAGCCCAAAUCCUCCAAGAAACGCCGAAAUUCCGAAGUCGAGGCUGAAUCCCAGCUUAAGCCUGAGCUGGUCUUCCCCGAAGUUUCCUCGCCAUCGAAAGAGCAGGACGAGAACGAUGAGAGGAGAGAAAGGAAGCGCAGAAAGAAGGAGAGGAAAGAGAAGAAGCGCCAGCGUGCUCUCGAAAGGAAAGAGGCUGAGCAAGCACGCAUUGAAGCCGAUGCCGCCAUGACCGCUGCCCAGGACCCUGCUUCCGGUGAUAAGACAAAGAAGCACAAGAAGCACCGCAAACCUAAGGAUGCAAACGCUGCUGUGGCUGCCAUUGCAGCUGCCACGCCCGACAAGAAGCAGAAGCACCACAAGUCCGAUAUCGAACCUGCGCACACCACGGAGUCCCCGAAGAAACGCCGCAAGUCAGACGCGGGCCCGAUUGCCAUUGCCGAAUCCCCCAAGUCUUCGAAGAAACCUAAAGACAAGCGGAAAAAGAAGAAGGCAAAUCAGGUCGACGAGGUGGCUAUAAAACAGGAGCGCUCUAUUUGA